AUGAUACUUGACUACCAUGACAUGAUGAGCCUAGCAAACAUCACCACUACGGAGCUUAAAAGUGCUCCGGAGCCGUUUUCACAAGUUCCCUUCAAUGGAGUUGUUACUGGCGCAGCAUUAAAAAUCCCCAAUAAAUCUCCGCAAUUUCCUUUGCCUCCACCGUCUACUACUAUGCGUCCGACGGGCAUUGCAGUCCAACAUAAGCAUACAUCAGUUGACCACGCCACUCUGACACCCGUCAUUCCACAGAUCGAUGACUUGGCCGUGCCGUCGGUCCUCGGUAGCAUGAAUCCAUUAGUGUCAGUCGCCACUGGUGACAAAAUCCCCGGACUCAACCGCGGAUCUCCUUUGCCACAGCUCUCAACCUUGAAGCGGCCUGGUCAAAAUGACAGUGCUCCGAACAAUUCGAUUGAUACCCUGGAAUUUGACGACCGUAACAUGGCAGACUUAACACAUAUCACUAGCGAAAUAAUCAAAACGCCCAUAGUUCAGCUUCCUGGCCACCCUAAUUUGGGUAUGUAUGUCACACCGGAAAUCACCGGCCAGCCUGUUGCGGAUAUUCUAUCCGAAAGUGUUGAGCCUCCUUCCUUUGAGUUUGAGAUUCAAAGGCGGCGUGAAACUGAAACGGCACCCAACGCAAAAUUACAGACGCCGCCCAUAGCAACACAAGGCUUCAUGCAACAACCGUCUCGGACUACCGCACCACCUGUGGAGUGGCUUGAGCCUGCCGCUCCCAUAGAGGCUUUACCUGAGAUACCCCAGGAUGCAUUCGGUGCCAGCGUCGGUCCACUUGACAAUGUAAAAACAAUGAGCGCUGCGGAUUUUCUUACCCACAUUGAUCUCAACACAUCGCCCGACUCCGACAUGUGCCGCAACCCCUGGGAAAUGCUCUACUGGAUGGUCGGCCUGAACCAAAACGGGUACAUUCCAUUCAUCGAGGAGCAUCUUAAGAGCAUAUUGAGGGAAUAUAACAAGGAUGCCUCACAGCCUCCAGAUGCCCUCGAGGUCACUGGGCAUCCCACUCAGCUGACCGCUACCCGUGUCGCCAACACUCUGACCGAGGCAUGCCUCUACGCGGCCAGCGUUCUCCACAAGAUUAGGUAUACGGACUCCAAGGAUACUCCAACAACUCUAAACUUCAGCUUAGAAUAUUCCAAGCUUCAUUACUCCCCCGACCCCGCCUGUCUCUUCUGCCAGCUACGGGAUUACGUCUACAUCUGUCACCACCAGUUGAUGUUCCUUAAGUCGCAGUGUUAUCGGGAGCAGUCAUAUGGUGGCUGGCAGGAUUGCCAUUACGGCAGUGACAUCAAGAUGCCGUCCCCCCUACAGGCCUUUCUGACUGACGCCUCGGACUCCAAGUUCGAGACGCAUCCCUUCGACCCGUGCAACAUCUGCCUCAAGAGCCGAAUCAGGAUGGGAUUCACAAAGGGGGAUUUUUCUAAGGACUCCAAAGAUGGAAAACAUCUUCACACCAUCCUCUCUCCCAGCUGCGGCGGCGAUGACCCGUUGCUGAGAUUGUCCUCUUAUCUCAACUGCCUCACCAGGCGGACGCCACGCACCACAGGGGAGCUUGUGUCUUUCUUCCACCAUUUCGGAAAUGCACUGCACAAAGGUGAUACCAAGGUUAUGUCCCCACUGGGCUCCGCCCUUUCCAGUCGACAUGACGACUGCCCGAAGUGGGACCGCCUUAAGGCCGCCGACCUCCAUGUCAUCAAGGCCGCCCGGGGCCCCGCACCUCACAACUCCAACUCCAUCCACGACCAAAACCAUGCCAAGACCCUAUCAGCACUGAUUCCUUGCGCCAUCAAUAGUGUCAACUGCCCACAACACUUGUCGCCCAUCACCCACCAGGCCUACGGCCUCUACUCCCCGAGUUUCGCCUACACCUACCUUAUCUGGACGGUGUAUCUCGCAGACAAAUUACAUGAUUCACUCGAGAGACUCUACAUGGAUUUCGAGAAUCACGUUACCAAGUGCGAAUCUCUCGAUCACUGCGCCGACGCCAUGCCCCUCCUCUACUAUCGCGGAUUCACGCCACCGGAGGGUAUAGGGCAGUCGUCGCUCAAGUGUUCGGAUGUCAUCUCUAAGCUGCAAGUGGUGCUAUCCGGAGAGCUUAUCACAGAGCUUGUGACCUGCAUGGACAAUUUCUUCUACGGCAUCCGGAAGCCCUUCAUCUACACUCAGGUCACACUGUGGUCUAUCGCAAUGAUUUUCUUCGCCCACACGAUGUUCUACCGCCUGGACAUGCUGCACAUCCGCUCGCACCUACUCACCACCACGGCAUCCCAUCUCAUCGACGUCAAGUCCUUACUCACUCACGGGAGGAAGCUGCUGUCACUUUACGACGACAUGGAUUACUUCGACGAUGACCCUGUUGGUCAACUCGACAUCACGUAA